UGUUGAUUGCUUAGGGUUUUUGGGUUUGAUUAGGCAUUGGGAUUUGAUUUGAAUUUAUAAGAAGAAACUUUGGGUUUGAUCUUUAUUUGAUUUUAAAAAAAAAAAAAAAAACUUUAGAAAGGGAAAUCUCUCAAAAGUUCUGAUAAAAAAGGUGAUUUGGAUUGGUUGAAAUCUUAUUUUGAGAAGUCAGAAGCCAACAGUUUAAUAAUUGAAAAUAAAAGGUUGGAUUUUUCUACUGUUUAGGUUGUGGUUUUUCAUGUCUUUUUUCUUGGGUAAUGUCAAUUUUCACAUUUUCUUGGGGUAGAAUAGGAAAUAGCAGUUUUGAAAAUUGAGGAAUGGGAACCAUGUUUUUGAGUGAGAUUAAGAAGCAAGCAUCCUCCUUCAUUCAUGACAAGUACAAAAGUGCUAGGCUUGUCUUAACUGAUGUUACUCAAGCAGAACUAUUGACUGAGGAAGCUACAAACAAUGACCCGUCCGGUCCUGAUGCCAGAACAAUGGCUAGAAUAUCGGAGGCCGCCUUUGACAUAGACGAUUAUUGGAGAAUUGUCGAUCUAUUGCAUCAGAGGUUGUAUAUUGUUGACUGGAAGCAAUGGAGGCAGCAAUACAAAGCGUUAGUGCUACUGGAUUUCUUACUGACUCAUGGACCUGAAAGUGUUGCUGAAGAAUUCCAAUGUGAUAUGGAUGUCAUUCAGGAGUUGGGAAGUUUCAAGCACAUCGAUGAACAAGGCUUCAACUGGGGUGAUUCCAUGCAAAAGAAGUCAGUGAGAAUACUUCAACUCCUAGAUGAAGAAGAACUGCUCAAAGACGAACGUUCGAAAGCUAUCAAAGUCUCUAAAGAGAUCAAAGGCUUCGGGAAUCUAAUCAUAUCUCCAUCACUGUCUUCCCUUCAAACUUCAAGAUCUUGGUCUUUUGGAUCCCACUCCAGUAGCUCUAGUCCUUCAUGCAAUGAACCAGAUGAAUUUCAUAGGCAUGAACUACAACCACCCAACAAGGAAUUCAAAGACAUCUUCCAAGAGUCCCACGAGAAGUCGACAUCUCCCUCGGCACAUCUUUGGGAUACUCCUAUUGAAGAGACGGGCUUGCUCCUUGAUCCUGAAGAGGAAGAAGAGACAAAAGAAGAAGGUUUUUCUACUGGGAUUAGCCCAAAACCUGCAGUGGUUACUCACCCAGGGUGGUGGGAUGGCAGAAAAGUCGUGUUUCGGAACUUUUCGAAUGUUGGGAAGGUUAUGAAGAAGAAGAUCGACCGCCAAUUUUCGAUGGGAGUUUAAUGAAGCUUAGAUGAAGGAAUCUCUCUAAGGAGUCCAGGGAAGCUCCGUGGAUUCAGAGUAAUCAUCCCCAGAAAAAGACGGUGCUCGACCUCAUCACGUACAUCCCUCCGUCAGGGCGUCUUCCCAUAGGCUGAUUUUCCUAUGGUAACUUCCUGCGCGAAACUCAGUUUGUAGAGUUAGCAAGCCAUUGAUCUGAUGGUCCCCAUCAUGAAAUGACCAUUCUCCCAAAUUAAAAGAUCCUAGCCAUUGAAUCUUUGGUCUUUCCUCAAUUGAAUGUGGCUUGUUUGUGCAUUUCUUUUUAAUAAUGUAUUUGUGAACCGAAUGACCGGAUUUUUUCUCUGGGGAACAAGCCAUCCAUGAUGGGGCCCAUCAGAUCGAUGGCUUGAAUAAACCAACUUUAAAGAAAUAACUAACCACCAUGCUGAGUGGACCAACAAAUAAAACUGUCACAAUCACAUGUAUCAUGUGCACGAUAGGUAGGCCCCAUCAUCAUCCUCAAUAC